UCCGAUACUACACCGGUGACUGCGCGUGAGGUGCUGCAGGAGCUUUGUGCUGCAAUAUCAUUCGCGCCUUCCAUAGCCCUUGGAUGCUGCUGUCUGUAGGAGAGUUGAUUUCAGCACCACGAGCAGCUCCCGUUUUACUUCUUUGUCUGCUGUAUCCAGCCAUCCCAUUGAAUAAACAACCGCCAGUCUGGCAAGUGAGCAGUAAGAAUGGUGAAGCUGGGGAGUAAUCUGAGUGACAAGAACAGCAAAGAUCCCUCUGGUGAGGAUGGGUUUCAGACUGUACCUUUGAUCACACCUUUGGAUGUAAAUCAUCUGCAGUUCCCAGCUCCUGAAAAGGUGGUUGUAAAAACAAGGACAGAGUACCAGUCAGAACAAAAGAAUAAGGGAAAAACCAAAGUGCCAAAAAUUGCUGAGUUUACGGUCAGCUUUACUGAUGGGGUAACGGAAAGGUUAAAGGUGACAAUCUUAAUAAGCCUGGCUCUUGCCUUUCUGGCAUGCAUAGUGUUCCUUGUGGUAUAUAAAGCCUUUACUUAUGACCACAGCUGCCCAGAUGGAUUUGUGUAUAAGCAUAAGAGAUGCAUACCAUCAUCUUUGGAUGCUUACUACUCAGCACAGGAUUCCAACUCAAGAGGAAGGUUCUACACUGUUAUCAGUCAUUACAGCAUGGCGAAACAAACAAGCUCACGAUCUGUAUCCCCCUGGCUUUCAUCAGGAUCCAGUAAUCAUGAAGCAAAGGCAAGCAAAACUGACGGCCACUAGAAAGUGAAAUAAACCAAGGACAACCUGGUUUCCAGCGUCAUGGGCACGGCUCGGUUGAGGUGCUUUAUUGAAGAUGCAAAGUUAAAUAAGAAACUUGUUGGAGUCAUAAAAACCCCCCCAUUAAAAAUCCUUUUUGUGUAA